AUGGGACGCCGCCCGCGGGGACCUGGAUCCCCCCGGGGACCUGGCCCUCCAAGACCCGGGCCCAGGCUGCCGCCGCUGCUGCUUCUGCUCGCGCUGGCGGCCCACGGGGGCUGCGCAGCGCCCGCGCCCCGCGCAGAGGACCUCAGUCUCGGGGUGGAAUGGCUGAGCAGGUUUGGCUACCUGCCUCCUGCAGAUCCAGCAACAGGACAGCUACAGACCCAGGAGGAACUGUCCAAGGCUAUUACUGCUAUGCAGCAGUUUGGCGGCCUGGAGACCACCGGCAUCCUGGAUGAGGCCACUCUGGCCCUGAUGAAGACCCCUCGCUGCUCCCUUCCGGACCUGCCCCCUGCGGCCCAUGCAAGGAGGAAGCGACAGACUCCGCCACCAACCAAAUGGAGCAAGAGGAACCUUUCUUGGAGGGUCCGGACCUUCCCACGGGACUCCCCCCUGGGCCGGGAUACUGUACGAGCGCUCAUGUACUACGCCCUCAAAGUCUGGAGUGACAUCACACCCUUGAACUUCCACGAGGUAGCGGGCAACACAGCUGACAUCCAGAUUGACUUCUCCAAGGCUGACCACAAUGACGGCUACCCCUUUGAUGGCCCCGGGGGCACAGUGGCCCAUGCCUUCUUCCCCGGUGACCACCACACGGCAGGAGACACCCACUUUGAUGAUGACGAGGCAUGGACCUUCCGUUCCUCAGAUGCCCACGGGAUGGACCUGUUUGCAGUGGCUGUCCAUGAGUUUGGUCAUGCCAUUGGUCUGAGCCAUGUUGCUGCCCCAAGCUCCAUCAUGCAACCGUAUUACCAGGGCCCCGUUGGGGACCCACUCCGCUACGGGCUUCCCUACGAGGACAGGGUGCGUGUCUGGCAAUUAUAUGGUGUGCGGGAGUCCGUGUCCCCUACUGCACAGCUGGAUACUCCAGAGCCUGAGGAACCACCCCUCCUGCCGGAUCCCCCCAGCAAUCGGUCUAGCACCCCGCCCCAGAAGGACAUGCCUCACAGGUGCACUGCCCACUUUGAUGCGGUGGCCCAGAUCCGAGGUGAAGCCUUCUUCUUCAAAGGCAAGUACUUCUGGCGGCUGACCCGGGAUCGACACUUGGUGUCCCUGCAGCCAGCUCAAAUGCAUCGCUUUUGGCGGGGCCUGCCACUGCACCUGGACAGUGUGGAUGCCGUGUAUGAGCGUACCAGCGAUCACAAGAUUGUCUUUUUCAAAGGAGACAGAUACUGGGUGUUUAAGGACAACAACGUAGAGGAAGGGUACCCGCGACCUGUCUCCGACUUCAGCCUCCCGCCAGGUGGCAUCGAUGCUGUCUUCUCCUGGGCCCACAAUGACAGGACUUAUUUCUUUAAGGACCAGCUGUACUGGCGCUAUGAUGACCACACACGGCGCAUGGACCCUGGCUACCCUGCCCAGGGCCCCCUGUGGAGGGGUGUCCCCAGCAUGCUGGAUGACGCCAUGCGCUGGUCUGAUGGUGCAUCCUAUUUCUUCCGAGGCCAGGAGUACUGGAAGGUGCUGGAUGGUGAGCUGGAGGCAGCCCCUGGGUACCCCCAGUCUACAGCCCGGGACUGGCUGGUGUGUGGCGAGCCGCUGGCAGAUGCAGAGGAAGUCGGGCCUGGACCCCAGGGCCGCAGUGGGGCUCAGGACAGCCUGGCAGUAUGCUCCUGCACUUCAGAUGCACAAAAGUCUUCAUUGCCAUCUCUACUGCUGUUGCCGCCACUGCUGUGGGGCCUGUGGACCUCAGUCUCUGCAAGGGCAUCCUGA